GGCCCAUGACCCCUUCUCGCUUUGGCAAUCAUUGUCGUUGAUGAAGCAUCCAUUACCGUUCAUUGCUGUCAAGCCUAUGAUCUCCGAUUUACUGAAAGCCGCCACCUCAUAGAGGGUAGUUUAUUCUCAUUUCCACGCUCGGAACUAAACCCUAAUCUCAAUCCUCGCGUUUUGCUUGGUCACCACAUAACGAAGUGUUGAUUAUGGCGGACGACAUGGCAACUAACGGAGAUGUGUUCGACGAUGCUGAGAUCGGCGUGGAAGUGGAAGAUGAUUACGAUAUCGAAUCGAAGACACAUGCGCUGACCCAGAAGCUGGCUGCCUUGGAACAGGAGAAGAAGGAGCUGAUUCAUGAAAACGAUCUCGUGAAAGAGAGAAUCGAUAAACUGAAGAAGACAAUCGAGGAGCUUGACAGCGAGAAAGCCGAGUUGCGGAAAAAGUUGGAGAAAUCAGAGUCGGAGAACAAGGCUCUUGGAUCGGCGGCUGCUCGAACAUCUGAGCUUGAGGGUGAGGUGGCUCGUCUGCAGCAUGAUCUCACCACUGCUACGAAUAAACUAAACGAAUCAAACUCUGAGGCGUCUAAUUUGAAGACGGCUUUGGAUAGGUUGAAAGGCAGUAAGGAAGAGAACAUAGUGAAACUUGAAGCGGUUGAGGUGGAAAGGAAUCUUCUCAUUUCAAGAUUAGAGAAGCUGGAGAGUAGUGGGAUUAAUCACUUGGCUGAGAUGGAAUCUAAGGAGAAGGAAAUUAUAUCUUUAAAGAAGGAAGUUGAGGAUUUAAAGGAUGCUUUGUUGAGCAAGAAGGGGACGGAUAAGGAGAAGGAGGAGUUGAUAAAGGAGAAUGAGGAGUUGGAAAAGAAAACAAUAGAAAUGGCAGGGAGAGUGGCUGAAUUGGAGAAAGAGAUGAAGCAGAAGGCAAGGAAGAUUUCUGAAAGGGCUAUUGAUGGAAAUAUUAAUGGGAUUGAUGGGAAGAAUUGUCAUUUUGAUCUUAAGAAAGGGUGGCCUGUUAUUGCAGGAUCUGCUGCAGCUACUAUUGCUGCAGGAUGUAUUGUGUUUUACCUGCAUCAGAAGCAGAGAAAAGCUUGAAUCACUUGGAGGACGAGGUUUUUUGUCUGACCAAGAACUUAAAUACAGUUUUGAUGGUAGCAAUGCUAUUUUUGGCUUUAAUGCUCAGGGUUUCUCCUUUACUUACUAGAUCGAGGUUUUUAUUUCCGUUGGCUACUAAUAAGGUGAUAUGCAAUUAAGGCUAAACUGGAUAGGAUGAAGCAUUUUCCAGUUAGUAUAUGCUUAAUCUUUUUAUAAACACACAAAAUGUUUGUUUAUAGUUUGCUAUGCCUGUUUAGGUGUGCUUGUUCUAUGGUUUCCAUGAGUAGUGUCUUAGCCCCCUCAUAGGUGUGCUUAAAUGUCUUUUCCUAUUGUUGGUAUGAUUGCUCAGAUGGUGGAAUUCACCUGCUGUUUACUCUUAUGUCUUAUACUCCGUAUUUUGUAAUAAUCUUGGCUUCCAACUUUGAUUCUCAAUUUUUUUCUAUUUCUAGCUUAAGUUGGCUGCCCAAAUGUGUGGAUCUUUGUGAAGAUAGUUGUGUUUGGGCUUAGAGAUUACAAAUUAAUGUAGAAGUAGUAUUGAUCUUCUUGGUAGCUGUUAAUGUCAUGACUUUUAAUUGGAAUGUCAUAUACUAGUAUUUGUUUAUUAGUGUGAGUUAGUAGAAGUAGAGAGGGUAAGGUCUGCUUACAUUGCAUCCUUCUGAGUGGGACUUCUUGGAUAUGUGUGGUUUGGUUUGGCCAUUUCUGAGGAAAGACCUAUGCUUGAAUGUGGUGCUAACACUAUGAAUGGGAACAGAUUCAGCUUUAUGCCUAUUUCCAUUUUCUCUUCGUAUGAACAAGAUGCAUGUGAUAAUUGACUCCAUGGUCAAACAUGCUGUUAGGGACUAGUCUUAUAAUUCCCAUUCAGUUGCUCCUAAACACAAGUUUCUUCAGCUUUGUGACACUGCAACCAAAGUCUUACUCUGCAACGACCGGACG